GAAAAAGUUGAAUACAUAUUUUUAGUUAUAUUUACAUCAGAAUGUGUUAUGAAAAUUAUAGCAUAUGGAUUUGUUUUACACACUGGUUCGUAUUUAAGAAACGGAUGGAACUUUCUGGAUUUUUUUAUAGUAGUAAUAGGUAUGAUAUCUACAGCUUUGUCAAAUUUAGUUAAGGAAGGCUUUGAUGUGAAAGCUUUAAGAGCUUUUCGUGUACUCCGGCCAUUACGAUUGGUGUCAGGUGUUCCAAGUUUACAAGUUGUUUUAAAUUCAAUUUUAAAAGCAAUGAUACCUCUGUUGCAUAUUGCGCUGUUGGUAUUGUUUGUGAUAAUAAUUUAUGCUAUAAUUGGUCUGGAAUUAUUUUCGGGAAAGCUACAUAAAACGUGUCGAAACCCUACAACCGGUGAAUAUUUAGGAGAUUUAGAUGAAUUACAUCCAUGUGGUGUUGGAUUUCCAUGUCCUGAAAAAUAUGUGUGCUUUGAUGAAUGGGUUGGUCCCAAUUGGGGCAUUACGAAUUUUGAUAACUUUGGUUUAUCAAUGUUGACAGUGUUUCAGUGUGUUACCUUAGAAGGUUGGACGGAUGUUUUAUACAAUAUUUUACAAACUACACACUAUUUCCUAGACGUUGAUGUACAAAAUGAUUGA